CGACCGCAGACUUUGGUGACAAUCUUGCACUAAUAUCCGUCGGAUUUAAAAUGAAAGGUCGAAAUCCUCUGAUCAAAUUAGGUGCACCCGUUGGAUCGGAAGUAGACGGCGAUGCGCAGUUUUCACUACAAGGCGCCUAAAAGGAUCCGCCGACGACGACGAUGUCGGAAAAGGAAAAACAAGGAGAGGAAUAGAGGCCUCACCGAGGAGAGAGGAGAGGAAACCCUAAUCCAAGUACCCAUCAGCUCCACGCACUUUUUGCUACCGAAAUUGACGAUUCAUAUACCUCUGGGAAAUUGCUGCAGCUCGUUGCGCCGCUAGCCCUAACUAGGGCUUCAACGCGGCGGUGAGCAAGUCUAGCGGAUUCUAGUCCGGAUCUUGUCGGAAUUCGUACGGGGCCUGGGGGGUUUGUGGCGGAUUCGAGCUCUGCCUCCCAGGGUGACUGGUCCUCGGAUGGCGGAUUGAUCAUGGUGCGCCUUCUAGGAUUGAGCCGCUUCGGAGGGGAUGAGGCCCCGCGUGAGAUCACCCGCACGAAUCCGGUGGUUGGUGAGGGAGGGAGUGGGGAGAAUGGGUGGCUCAUCCGGUUUUUUGACUCCGCCUUUUUCUGUGAGUGGAUCGCAGUCAGCUAUCUCUACAAGCAUGAGCACCCCGGCGUCCGGGAUUAUCUCUGCAACCGGAUGUACACGCUGCCGCUUGCCGGCCUUGAAAACUACCUCUUCCAGAUCUGCUACAUGCUGGUGCACAAGCCUAGUCCAUCUCUCGACAAAUUCGUCAUCGAUACGUGUUCGAAAUCCUUGCGGAUCGCCCUCAAGGUGCAUUGGUUUCUGAUGGCGGAGCUUGAGGACUCCGAGGACAGCGAGGGCAUCAGCAGGAUCCAGGAGAAGUGCCAGAUUGCCGCCACGCUGAUGGGGGAUUGGCCUCCGCUAAUCCGUCCGCCUGCUGGAUCCUCGUCGAACCUCAAAAGCACCCCUAAACUCAACCGGAUACUGUCGUCAAAGCAGCGAUCGCCUUCGUUCGCCGUAUCGCCUCCGCUGGGUUCUAGUUCUCCGACUGAGGAGAAUCGAAACAACGGGAGCGCUGGAAAUGACUGUAAUGGCAAGGCAUCAACAUCUUCUGAAGAGGGCAAGCUGUUAAAAAAGCUCUUGCCGGGGCCCAAGGUCCUUGAGGCAUUCUCUUUUAGGAAGUCCGCGGAGAAGCAAGAGGAGGAAAGCGAUAAAGAUGGGUUCUUCCGCAGGCUUCGCAGAGACAGCAAGGAGAAGGAGGACGAGCCCGACAGAGAUGGUUUUCUUCGUCGGCUGCUCAGCAGGGAGAAGGAUGAGGAGCUUACACCUAGUUCAGAGGGUUUCCUUAAGAGAUUUUUUCGUGAUAAGGAUGGUAAAAUAGGGGAAGACGUGGAAGAGGAUGGUUUUCUCCGUAGAAUUUUCAAGGAUAAACAUGAAGAAAGGAAAGAUGGUGAGCACUGCAAGCAUGGGAAAGAAGAUACUUGCAAUGGGAACAUUGAGGAAGAAGAGAAGGAGAGUUUGUUCAGGAAGUUAUUUAAAGAGAAAAAUGAUGAAAAAGCGGAUGGUUUUAAUGGUAGUCAUGAUGGAGAAGAUAGGACUACUGGUGUUGUUGAUGAAGAAGAGAAGGAAGGAUUUUUUCGUAGGCUUUUGAAGGAUAAGAAUGAAGAGAAGAAGGAGAUUGGAUUAAAAAAUGAGGAGGCGCGGAGCAGCAGGACAGCUGAGGAUGAUGAUAAGGAUGGUUUUUUUCGGAGAAUAUUUAAGGAUAAGAAUGAAGAAAGAAGUAUUACUGCACAUGUUAAGAACAUGGAUGAAGAAAGAGCAAGCAAAAGCGCUGAUGGUGAUGAAAAGGAUGGCUUUUUUCGUAGAAUAUUUAAGGAAAAGAAUGAAGAAAAAAAAAUUUCAGGGCAUUCCAGGAAUGAGGAUACGGAAAAGCUUAGCAGAAAUAGUGUGGAUGAUGAAAAGGAUGGUUUCUUUCGCAGAAUUUUCAAGGAUAGGAAUGAAGAGAAGAAAGAUUUUGUGUCUGAGAGGACUGGUGAUGAAGAAAGGCUUAGCAGGAGUAUUGAGGAUGAUGAGAAAGAUGGUUUCUUGCGCCGAAUUUUCAAGGAAAAGCAUGAUGAAAGGAAGGCUGCUGUACAUCAGAGGAGAGUAGAUGAAGAGAGAUGUAGCAGAAGUGCCGAUGAUGAUGAAAAGGAUGGUUUCUUCCACAGAGUAUUCAAGGAAAAAAAUGAAGAAAAACGGGUUUCUGAUAUUGAAAGGAAUGAGGAUGAAGAAAGGUUAUGCAAGAGUAAUGAUGAUGAUGAAAAGGAUGGUUUUUUCCACAGAAUUUUCAAGGACAAGCAUGAUGAAAAAAAAGUUUCUGGCCAUGAGCGGGUUGAAGAGGUAGACAAGCCAAGGAGUACCAUCGAUGAUGACGUUGGAAAGGAAGGGUUCUUUCGUAGGCUUUUUAAGGACAAGCAUGAAGAAAAGAAAGAUGAGGAUCACGAUAGAAAACAAGAAGAGAACCAGACUAAUGGAAAUUUGGUGGAAGAGGAGAGUUCUGAGUUUUUGUCAUUUCGCAGGUUGUUUAGGGUGCAUCCUGAAGAUAAUAAGAAUGCUUCUAUGAGUAGAAAACAUGAUGGUCCAUAUGAUAGUAGUAUUGGAAAUGAGAACUUUUUCCGGAGGCUAUUUCGUGAUCGUGAUCGUUCUAUUGAAGAUUCUGAGCUUUUUGGUUCAAAGAAACCAAGAGAGCAAUCACGCCCUGGCUCACCAAGGCAGCGGCUGGAAAGGUCAUCCACAAAGCCACCAUUGCCAGAUCAUUUGAUUUCACAAAUUCGAAAAGGAACAUAUCAUGCAUCCCUAGAGUUUGUUCAAUGUUUAUGUGAUACUUCGUAUGGCUUGGUGGACAUAUUCCCUAUUGAUGAUCGAAAGGUUGCUCUUCGAGAGUCCCUUCAGGAAAUCAAUUCUCAAAUUUCUGAAUUUCAAAAAAGUGGAGGCCUGUGCUUCCCUAUGGGAAAGGGGAUGUAUCGUGUUGUCCAUAUACCAGAGGAUGAAGCUGUACUUCUUAAUUCCAGGGAGAAGGCACCUUAUUUAAUAUGUGUUGAAGUUUUGAAAUGUGAAUCACCUAGCCAAACAAAGAUGACAUCUGAUGUUCAAAAACUCUCUAGAGGAAUAAUUCCUCUAGCAAAUGUAGAUGUGCAGUCACCAAAGCCUCCUCCAUGGGCAUUUCCUCUUUGGAGCAAACAUCCAGUUCAUCAUUUUGAUACAGAUAGAAUGUUGAAAAAUACAUCACAAGCUAUUGACCAGGUUAUGGCUCAGUUAUGGGAAGCUAAAGUAAAAAUAGUUCAUGUUAGCUUAUUGGUCGAUGAUCAGAAGGCCGGCACAUCAAGGGAUAGUGAAGAAAAUGAUCCGAUUUCUAUCAGUGAUUUGAAUAACGAUUUUAUGGGAAAUUCUGAUGAAAUUUUGGAAAGUGUGAUGGUUAAGUUGUCGGCCAUUCCUGGGGUUAACAUGGAAGAUGUAGUUGAACAAGAAGCACCUUGUCGGAAGGAACAUCGUCGUGUUCCCAGCACUAUUGCAUUUGAGGAAGUAAAGGCAAAAGCUGCCAGUGGUCAGACACCUCCUGGACUCUCUCUAAAGGGUGCUGGUCAAAAUUCGCCUGAUCAGCAGCCAAUGGUAGUAAAUGGUGGAGUUCCUAAACCAAGUGAUGCAUUAUCUGGUGAAUUAUGGGAGGUUAAGAAAGAAAGGAUACGCAAGUUGUCUCCGUAUGGGAAAGUUUCUGGUUGGGACUUGUGCUCUGUUAUUGUCAAGAGUGGUGAUGAUUGUAGACAGGAGCAUCUAGCAGUACAACUGGUGGCUCAUUUUUAUGAUAUCUACCAAGAAGCUGGUUUGCCGCUGUGGUUGAGACCUUAUGAGGUCAUUGUCACUUCCUCCUAUACUGCCCUUAUCGAAACCAUUCCUGAUACGGCUUCAAUUCAUUCAAUAAAGAGUAGAUUUCCUAAUAUAUCGAGCUUGCGUGAUUAUUUUGUGGCUAAAUAUGAACUGAACUCUUCAAAUUUUAAGAUCGCUCAGAGAAAUUUUGUUGAGAGCAUGGCUGGAUAUUCCAUUUUAUGUUAUCUUCUACAGGUGAAGGAUCGUCAUAAUGGAAACUUGCUGAUUGAUGAAGAAGGUCAUAUCAUUCAUAUUGAUUUUGGUUUUAUGCUAUCUAAUUCCCCUGGAGGUGUAAACUUUGAGAGCGCUCCCUUUAAAUUAACUCGUGAGCUUCUCGAGGUAAUGGAUUCUGAUGCUGAAGGGAAUCCGAGUGAAUUCUUUGAUUACUUCAAAGUGCUCUGCAUACAAGGCUUUCUUACUUGCCGGAAGCAUGCAGAACAAAUAAUACUCAUUGUUGAAAUGCUACAGGAUUCUGGCUUUCCCUGUUUCAAAGGGGGUCCUCGGACAAUACAAAAUCUUAGGAAACGAUUUCAUUUAAGCCUAACGGAGGAGCAAUGUGUAUCUUUGGUGCUUUCCUUGAUCAGUAGCAGCUUAGAUGCCUGGCGGACCAGGCAGUAUGAUUAUUAUCAGCGGGUGCUCAAUGGAAUUUUAUGAUGGUGUUUUGUUUUCGUGGUAUUAAUCUACCUUCAAUUUUGCUAGUUUCCAUUCAGUACUGGGGAUAUCUGGCGAAGAAUGUUAGUUCGCAAGUUUUGUAGCACAUUUUGGUUAGUUCCUUUAUCAGGUGACAGUUUUGUUAGCUUUGGACCUCAAGGUUUCAGGUCGCGGUGAUGGUUAAAUGCUCUGCCUGCUCUUCGGGUUUGAUCAAGUUUGAGCUUUUGCAGAUGAUAGCUGAAAUUAUGUGGAGAUCAGAUCAUGAAUGAGACAGUUAGGUUCUUACCUCUUUUGUGACUUUGACCUGCUUUGCUAUGCCUCCGUGGAUAGUAGAUGUUAGCUGCAUGAAUUCAAUGGGUUUAUGCCUGCAUCCGAAUUUGUUAUUUGUACAGCAGAGGUUGUUGGAAAACGCUCAGGCACAGGAUGAAACUGGAGCAGCUUCACUUUCAUCAAAGAUUUACCUUUUCAGUGAGCAUCGUGUAAGCAGCCAGCUGAAGAUUUGGGUGCUUGAAAAAAUUAUUAAAAAAAAAAGAAAAGAAAAAGAAUAUAUGUACAGAUGAUUGGUAUCUAGAUUCUAUUUGAGUGGCUUGAGAAUUGGAAGAUUGCUAAA